AUUAUUAUUUAUGUGAGAGAGAGGUUUGGAUCAAAAAAUGCUGCAGCUUGAUUUCUAAACUGAAAAUUACCCUGCUGUUUGUAAGAGGCGAUGUUGAUCCUGAAAUUGCUUCCUUUUGUCACUCACUUUCAAUUCUUAUAUUCUCCAACCUGCCAUCAGAAACGAUGAAAGUCCUUCAUACAGUUUUUAAUCCAAUGGCAUGUGCAUAUUUGCUUGACUGUGAUGUGAAAAAUAUUCUUUCAAAUGUUAGCAUUCAACGUUGGAACACAUUGCAGAAGGAAACACAAGAGGAAUAUUAUUUAGUCAACAAUAAAUGUUAUGAAAAGGCACAUUUCCAUACUGUGGUGUUAUGUCACCCUAGUUCUUCAGUUUUAAGUAGCCAUGUGCACCAAUUCUGGCACUUACUUUCAAGAUUGCAUCAUGGAUCUGAGCAUAGUUUGUUACCUGGAUGUGGGAAAUCAGAGAAUUGGUGUAGCAAAAUAUUGGAGAAGACCUGUAUCCAGAAUAGUAUCAAAUUGAAGAUAGCUACAGCUCUUGCUCAAGGAUUCUCAAGUUAUUCCAAAAUUUUGCAAAAAGAAAAGGAUUCUGACCCAAUUAAUGAUAUGUUAGAUGAUACCCAUUCAAAGGUGAAUUCGUGGCGGUCAGCUCUAUCCUUAGUGCUUAUGACAUUACAGUGUGAUUUAUUCAUUAUCAAUGGUUCCGACUAUGUGAAUGAUGUUCGUUUAAAUGAGUUGGUCUCAUAUUUAUAAAUUGAAGUUUUGAAAAAACCGAUGUAAA